UUCCUUUGUGCCACUACCAACACCACCGCUCAGCACGUGCAGUCGUCCUUCCUCCCCGACUGCGGAACCUUUCACCACUCCAUCCACUAAGCCCUCGCCUACCCGUCGGCCACUAUCCCUGGCACCACGCUCCUCUCACCAUCUCGUGUCCCGUAGCCUCUAUAUCACCCUACUGUCCCCGCUACGCGGCUUCACCCACCACCUACCUUGCCUGGCUUGCCUCGACGCCUGGAUGCAACCUCCGGACCACCUCAUCUACCUCUGCUGAUUUCACCCCCUUGAUAUUCCCUCUCGCCCUCCUUCCUGUCACUUUCUAUCUCCCUUUCAACUCUUGCUUCUCUCUUUCCACCGUCGUUUAAUCUCUUCUUCUCCUACUUCCUCUCCAUCCUUGACUUGUCCAGCGAGCUCCGUCGCAUCAGAUUCCGCAUGCAGAAAACGGUUGUAACAAUAAACAGCAAUGGCCGCCAGUCGGCCAGCUUCGUCCGCGUGGCCUCGGCAUGUGGAUGGCAAGUUCGCGCUCAGAUGAGAGAUCUGAAUGGACUGGUUGCCGAGGAGCUAUCUCAACUGCCCAAUGUUACCAUCUAUGUGGGACGCCUUGAAGACAGGAAGUUUAUCGACGACCUCUUCAAAAGUGCUCAGUAUGCCUUCAUCAACACGACGCAUUGGGGAGAUGAAGUUGCCGUCGGGAGAUCCCUUGCAGACGCUGCAAAGAAGGCCGGCAUCCAACACUACAUCUACUCGAGCAUGCCCGACCAUUCCGUCUUCGACCAAAACUGGAGGCCUCUUCCCAUGUGGUCGCCAAAGUUCACCGUCGAGCAGUACGUUCGACAGAUUGGUCUACCGGCUACUUUUGUCUACUGCGGCAUCUACCACAACAAUUUCACUGGUCUCGACUUUCCUCUGUUCCGCAUGGAGCAUCAACCAGACGGCUCUUUUGUCUGGAAAGCGCCUUUCCAUCCCGAUCAGAAACUGCCCUGGCUCGACUCGGAACAUGACGUUGGCCCCGCCAUCUACCAGCUUUUCAAGGAGGGCGCGCGCAAGUGGAAUGGCCGACGCAUCCCCCUCGCUUUUUCCGUCCUGACCCCCAAAGAAGUCUGCAGAGCUUUUAGUCACGGCCUCAAGCGACCGGUUCAGUACAAGCGGAGCCCCAUCGUGAUCACCGUGCCCACUCCCGUGGGUUACCGUGAGCACCUGUCUGCUCUCGAAGAAACGCUAGCAGAGAAGGCUGCGCCGUACUUUGGCCCGGAUCUCGAACAGGAUUGCCCCGGAAUGGCCCUUGAACUGUGGGAGGGUAACCGCGGCAUGGAGGAAUAUGCGCAGGAAGUGUUUCCUUUGGAGGAGGCUGCCAACGGCCUAACGUGGAUGGAGGAGGGCGAAAUCCUCUCGCAUUUCAAUGGCGUUGUCGGCUUGAGCGAACAGCUCAGCCAGGCCCGGCUUUGA